AUGCGCGUCCAGCUAUCCCCCGAGCAAGUACCGCGGCGAAUGCGCAUCCGCGAACUUCUUCCCGACCUCGACCUGGGAGCCUACCCCCCAGGUCCGCUAAAUUCCAUCACCGACGUGCCUGGCGUGCACGUUCACACCCAAGAGAUAUUCGGUGCCCAAGGCGCCAUCAAUACCGGCGUGACCUGCAUCGUUCCCCGCCCGAACUGGUCCACCAAUGCUUGUUACGCCGGGGUCUUCCGUUUUAACGGCUCGGGAGAGCUAACGGGCGCACAUCUGAUAGAAGAGACGGGGCUUCUCUGCUCCCCUAUUGUUCUCACUGGAACAUUUAAUAUUGGGGCCGCCCACCAAGGGAUCUAUCAGUAUGCCGUCAAACACCUGGGGACUAACAAGGAUGGUCAGUUGGAGUGGCUUAUGUUGCCGGUCGUGGGUGAGACGUUCGAUGGGUAUUUGCAUGACUGUACAUCGUUCGCUGUGGCUCCUGCGCACAUCGUGCACGGUCUGGAGAGUGUGGUGGCUGGGGAGCCAGUUCGAGAGGGUAAUGUGGGCGGUGGCGUGGGCAUGGUUUGCCAUGGACUGAAAGGGGGUACCGGGAGCAGCAGUCGCCAGGUUCUCGGAACCUACACGGUCGCAGCGUUGGUCCAGGCUAAUUACGGGCAAUUAAGAGAUCUCCGCAUUGCAGGGGUCCCUGUUGGGAAAAUACUAACUGAAGACGCUGCGAGCGACCCCUCAAGACAGGGGAUGUAUGAGGAGGUCGCACAGGCAAAGGCCGAGAAGGACGGCAGUAUAAUCGUUGUACUGGCCACAGAUGCGCCGCUUCAUCCCGCUCAGUUGCAGCGUGUUGCCAAGCGGGCAACCGUUGGUCUUGCUCGCGUUGGUGGCCAAGGACAUAACCUGUCCGGGGAUAUCUUCCUAGCUUUCUCUACUGGGAACGAGAUACCUGUCAACCAGCACAAGAGACCUGCGUCAGUAGCACGAACUAUUGACGUGCUGGAUGAUUCUGCUCUCAAUACCUUGUUCGAAGCGACCGCCGAUGCGGUUGAAGAGGCGAUAUACAACGCACUUUGUAUGGCGGAGAGCCUUCAAGGUUUUCAAGGGCAUACAAUCGAGGCACUUCCUCUUGCCCGUCUGAAGGAGAUCAUGAGGCAAUACCAACGGGUGUAG